AGCACGGAGCUGGGUUUAGAGCACAAGCGUGAAUCUGCUUCUAGAGGGAACCGAGAGAUGGACAACGACAGCGGGGUGGGCGUGUCGGCCACGGAGAGACGGUUCGCCUACAGCCUGCUGGAGAAACUGCUGGAGUACCUGGAGAAGGCAUCGGUCAACAUGCAGAUGACCCGGCCCAGCACGCGCUUCUCCCGACGUCACAGCUACUCCACGGCCACAGAGGACGUCAAGUUCUUCGGCAAGGUGGAGGUCGGUGGUAAAGAACAGCCCUGAGAUCGUACGCUCCUCCCUGCUGCCCUUCUACAACAACGCGGCAGACGACCUGGCGCUGGUGAUGGAGAACCUGAUGAAGGAGCGGUUCAGCCAUGUGAAGGGAACCAUCACGCGUGGUGCCACGUCACUGGACUACGUGCACAUGGUGCUGCUGCCCGUCCUGUCCUCUCUCUUUGACCACAUGGGACUCAACCAGUUCGGCGCCGACGUCUUGGGAGGUGAUGGACCAGCUGAGGGAGAAUGUACCAGCCCUGGAGAAGAUCGUGACCGAGAUAGAGGAACUGGCACACAGUGGGGGCAAAUACCACGAGGCGCCGCACGUUAUUGAGGUCACUCUGCCCAUGAUCUGUAG